GGGAAGGCGGAUGUAACGGUCCGCUUUCACCACACGGAAACUCCCGACCUUGACAGAGAUACAUCCGUCAGUCUCGGGUAUAUAACGCGAGGAACAAAAUCUACCUCACACGUCACUCCGACUGUUGAAUUGCUGGAACGACAUUCUAUACCUUGCACCAUGUGUCGCCCCAUGCUAACCCUCCUCGUCGUCGGCCUCUCCUGCGGUCUACACUCCGUCUUAGCCCAGGACCCAUGCAGCUCCCUGGACGCCGGCCCCUACCUGGCCACCAAGCCCACCCUCACAAUGCGGGUAUACGAGGCCACUCAGACAGAACUGGACCAGUACCCUAACAGUGACAAGUACAAGGAUGAACUGAGACUGACCGGGUCAAUCGGAGGACCUGCCCCUGCUGGUAUCACCCUGGAGGUCAUGGGCAACUUCCAGCUCUUCAAUCCCCGGGAUGUGUUUGAGUUUCAAACCGAGGCUGUGACAGGAAAGAACCUGCUGAAGCUGGUGAAAGCUGUUGAUAGAGAUGGACCAACUGAUGCUCUAGAUGAUGACAUCAACAUGUUCAGCUUCACCCUUAAAUGUUCCCCUGCCUCCAACACAUCCAUAGAGGUCUACUAUGACGUCAGGAUUCAGAUCAUGGACGUCAAUGACAACUUCCCCAGCUUUGUCGGAGCUCCCUACAGCGCAACAGUCAACGAGCUCACCCCAGUGGGAUCUACCGUCCUCCGCGUGUCAGCUGUUGACAUCGACUUCCCACUAACCAGCAACGUCACUUACUCCAUCGUGCCCGCUAUCGUUGAUGAUGGCAGCAGCAUGUUCGCGAUCGAUCCAUAAAUGGUGACGUCACUGUUGCAGUCAUGCUGAACUACGAAGGCCUAUCUCAAGGCCAUGCUUAUAACCUUGAGCUAAUGGCCACGGACGGUGACGUUGAUAAUCCAAAGAGCGCCAAGGUCACGGCGAAGGUGACAGUUACUGACGGAGAUGACCAGGGUCCGGCUUUCGAGUACGAGGGAUGCUUCAGACACAAGGGCGUCUGUGCCUGGCCCAAAUA